AUGCAGACUGCUUCUACAAACAUUUGUGAAAGACUGUGCAAUAAGUCCAUCCGUGACAUUUCCUUGCUACUAAAUAUUCCACGGUCAACUGUUAGUGGUGUUAUAACAAAGUGGAAGCAACUGGGAACAGCAACUCAGCCACAAAGUGGUAGGCCACAUAAAAUGACAGAGCUGGGUCAGCCCAUGCUGAAGUACACAGUGCGCAGAGGUCGCCAACUGUCUGCAGAGUCAAUAGCUAAAGACCUUCGAAUUCCAUGUGGCCUUCAGAUCAGCACAACAACAGUGUGUAGAGAGUUUCAUGGAAUAGGUUUUCAUGGCCGAACAGCUGCAUCCAAGCCUUACAUCACCAAGUGCAAUGCAAAGCGUUGGAUUCAGUGGUGUAAAGCACUCCGCCACUGAACUCUAG